AACAAUAGUGCCCGAGAUUCUUUUGCCGAAGAGUUGGUCGCUAACUUAGAGAGUCUCUUGAGCUCUGUAUUGGCGUCAGGUUCGGGUCAGUCCUACCGUAGAGCGUGGACACUAUUUCGUGAAUUUCACGAGAAAUUUUACAAGACAAAAGCCUUCCAUUUACCGUUAACCACCGCGUCUUUGGCGCUCUUUAUUUCUUUUCUCGACGGUAGAAAUGUUUCGCCUUCGACUAUUCUAUCUUAUCUAUCGGCCAUUGGUUACGUCCACAAGAUGAAACGUUUGCAUGACCCCACCAAGGCUUUCCUUAUUCAAAAACUUUUGACCUCGCUCAGUCGUCAGAAAUCGUGUGAUGUCAGGUUACCAAUAUCUAAACCUAUCUUGCAUGACCUCGUAAGCUCUCUCCAGCACACCAACUCUUCGGCAGCACAGCGAAUACUUUUUUCAGCCAUGUUUCUCACAGCUUUCUAUGGUUUCUUUCGCAUCGGUGAA